ACUACAUUCCUUCCACAAACAGCCAACGCUAUACAACAAAAACAACAAAUGCCGGAUAAUAGCUCCGACCAGGCGCAGCCGCUGCUACAAGAUGACACUGGCCAUAUAGCUUCUUACGGGGGUGAAGCAAACGUCGAAAGUCAGCGCCUCAGCACAUUUGCAAAGAACCUCUCUGCACGCGAUGCUUACGCCGUUCUCAUCUCGAUCAUCAUUGGCUCCGGUGUCUUCACAUCGCCAGGCUCUAUCGACUCUAAUGUUCCCUCACCAGGAGUAGGAUUGCUGGUAUGGCUUGUUGGUGGCCUUCUUGCCUGGACUGGCGCCGCCACGAUGGCAGAGCUCGGGACUGCAAUUCCAGGAGAAGGAGGCAUCCAGCCUUAUCUUACGCGUGCGUACGGCGAGGUAUUCGGAUUUCUAGCUGCUUGGACUUGGAUCGUCGCCCUUAUGCCGGCUACUUUGGCCAUUCUUAGCAUUGCUUUCGUCGACACCAUAUCAUCAUUUGCUGGAGUUACGGGAGGCUCGCACAUGUGGGCACACAAAGGCUUCUCUAUCAUGGUACUUUUUGUCGUGACAGGAGCAAAUUGUAUCAGUACAAAAACAAGUACACGGCUUGGAUCUUUCUUUGUCGUCAUCAAGCUGCUUUCGAUUGCUCUAUUGGUGCUGGCCGGUAUAUCAGUCGUUGGAGUAUAUAGUGCUCAGAGCCAUCAUGACAUUGGCGGCGGUGACUGGCACUCUAGGGGAUGGUUUGGUCCUCGAGAUACAGUCCAAAGAGACGGAACCAAAAUUGACUGGACAACCCUGGGCCAAUGGCAGAGGCUAGGGCACUACUCUGCGGCUCUCUACGGCGCACUAUGGGCAUACUCUGGCUGGGACAAGGCUAAUUAUGUUGCUGCAGAACUCUCAUCACCAUCUCAGCAACUUCCUCUUUCAAUCAAUACUGCUAUACCAACCAUAAUAUUGAGCUACGUCCUCUCGAAUGCGGUUUACUACAUCCUUCUACCCUGGAGUGUUGUCUCAACGACCGAUAGCGUUGCAGUGACGGCAAUCAUGCGUGUUCUCGGGUCUGCAGCUGCUAUAGUGGCAGUUGUCAUGAUAUGUCUUGUGAUCGCUGGUUCACUGCUCGGCAAUUCAUUCGUUACUGGCCGCAUGACUGUCUCCGCUGCCAACAAAUCCUGGCUGCCUGAAGAUCUAGGUGUAGUUGGCAGGGUUGGACGAAAGCGCAAUGUCACAGGGACAAGCAACUCCGAUGUGCUUGCUCCCAGGGAUACUCCAAUCAAUGCACUUGUUCUGUCUGCGAUCAUCUCCGCAAUCUACAUCCUUGUAGGUGACUUUCGAGUUCUCCUUACUUUCAAUGGCCUUGGAGAGUACACCUUUUUCCUUCUAGCUGUGCUUGGAAAUGUUAUUCUUCGAUGGAAGGAGCCGGAUCUGCCUCGCCCGUAUAAGCCCUUCAUUGGAGUCCCUAUAUUAUUCGCUGUAAUUUGUGCUUUUAUGGUCGUUCGGGGAGCGAUUUUUGCUCCAGUCCCGGCAGCGAUUUUGAUAGGUAUUUGGAGUCUCGGAUAUGGGUUUUACCUAGCUAUGAAACGGUCUGUAGAAAGAGCAUGAGUCAGGCAACAGGUAGUAGCAUCGUUAGAAAGAGUCAGAAAUGUUGCACGAUUCCCCAUCAGCUCCAUGCUGUCUUGCUUAGGUUCUGUAUCUUCUUUCCCGCGGUUCUCUGACCUUCAAGAGUGCACACAAACUUCUUUCACUUAGCGAGGUGUUCUAAUAAGGGAUGGACUAGACCACCUAAUCUGAAUGGAAC